AUGGAUUCCUAUGAUAUUGAAGGCGCCGCGGGCGAUGGAGAUCUUAAUGACUUCUCGUGCUAUAUUACCAUAAACAACCUUUCAGAUGAAGAUCUCGGCCUCAGUGAUUUUGGGAUCAACGGCCGAUAUGGCGUAUGGCCAGAGGGUAUGCCUCUCAACACAAUCGACGCCCAUACAAGUCCGCAGAUACAGCUCAAAGACCCCAAAAUCUAUGGAGGCUCGGAAGGAUGGGUAGAGUAUCAAGUUCUCACUGGAGGUUCUCCUCCAACCUUUAGGCUAGAGUUCGCUUGUCCGGAACUACCCUGGUCCUCAAACUACUUGAAGGCGAUACCCAGCAAACCUGAUGUAUAUGAUCUGAAAGUGUUGCCGUAUAAGGAAUCCGGUCACCCAUUCUAUGGGCAAGUCGAUGUCAAAAUUACGGCAUCGAAGAGCAACGGCAAGCUGCACCACAAGCUUCUUCUUGGCGGCACUCAAAGCGAUUCCUUCAAGGCCGAGUACGACAUCGGAUUUGACGGUGCCGCACCUUUGGUCACCAAGAAGCCCGUACACGAAACAAUUGGCAUUGCUGCUUUCAUUCUAUCCAAUAAGCUGCCUAAAGGGACAACCUAUCACAAUUUAAAUGAUAAGCAAUGGGAGUAUUUCCGCGGUGCCGUGUGGAAUGAUGACCCAUCGUGCUAUCUUUUCGAUGACUAUACCAAAAAGAACCAUGAAUUCAGUACCGGUCUUAGGUGGUAUGAAGACUUCGAAUAUGGACCUCCUUCUUGCAUGAUCCAACGCUCUCACUUUGGCGAUCUCCAGUUUCUUCACGGCAUGGGCGCCACCGUUGGUGAAAUGCCAGCAGAGACCCAGAGAAAAAUACUCAAAUGGCUCACGGUCAUGUACAAGCUCGCCUGCGGCAACCAGGGAGUGUCUGAUACGGAUCAACUUCAGCAGGCCCUGGGAGAGUGGUUCGACUCCAGUACCACGCCCACGGGCCAAAGCUCACUUCGCGACCUUAUCUUAGCUAAUACGCCCAACUAUUAUCAGACUAAUAUUCAAUGGCGGGCGCUCGGCAUCUGCCUACACAUGAUUACGGACUCUUACGCAGUUGGACAUACUCAGCGCAGACUAAGAAAUCCCGAAUCUUAUCUCGGUCGUGAUGAGGAUGGUUACAUGGUCUUCAAGCCCGGAACAUGGGGGGACUGGGGUGCCGUCAUCAACUUUCACUGCUAUGCCGGGCAGAACAGCGAUCAACACGCUCACUACGACGGUCUCGAAGAUGCCCCACUACCCGUGCCCAAAAAUCUAGAUUCGUUCAACUCAAUCAUUGGUGCACGGAAUGCCAUCGAAGGCUGCAGGAAGUUGAUUGAUUUCUGGGCGGACGGGACGAAGUGGGAAGACGGCGUCGAGACGUUCUUGCACACGGAAAUCUUUGCGAUCGACCAAGCAGCGAGCCCUUCCAACAGCCAGGUUGACCAAUCCGGCCCUAUCUCAUUGUCCUGUUGUCGUUUCACUAGCAGAAACACACAUGUCGAAUAUCAGGCCGGCCUUCGGAGGAAGCUGAACAGCGUGGAUUCUCGCGUACUGACCAGUCGGAAUAUUGUUGGCAAGAUGCGUCGACGCCCUGCGUGGAAGGCAACAGCGCUCACCCUUUCUGUAUUAGUUUUUGCGAUCAUCUUGACCCUUUUAAGCCUUUGGGUUUUUAAACCAUUAAAGAUAAACGGACAAGUAGUGUAA